AUGCCAUCAGUUACCAUCUCUGCCAUGGCAGAGACCAACUCCGGCGGUCGGCCAUAUAUGGAAGACUACAUCGCCGUCUACCUCUCUCCCAAGGAAAGCCUCCUCUCCAAUCCCCUUAUGAGAGAGCAGGCUUUUGUGGGGGUAUUUGACGGUCAUGGUGGGAAAGAAGCGGCUAAGUACGCAAGGGACCAUCUCUGGAGCGUCGUACAAAAUCAGCCCAAGUUCCUUACUCAAGAUUCACAGAGCGUUAGAGAAGCGAUCAGCAAUGCCUACCUCCAAUUACACAACACAAUGCAAGAAAGCAGAGAUGGCCCUUUAUCAUUAUUCUUUCCCUUUCCUUCUAUAGCCUCGUGGGCCCCUAAUAAAUAUGGGGACUUAUGUACCGCUGGAACGACAGCCUCAACUGUUAUCUUUCGAAAUAACCACAUAUACGUUGCAAACGUAGGGGACUCUACUGGUAUCAUGGGCGUGAGAAACCCGCACUUUGGGGAGCCAGAAGAACCUUUGAUCAUCCCCAAGGUACUCAUUAAAGACCACAAGCCUGAGGACCCUGAGGAGCAAGAGAAUACCAGGAGAUUAGGUGGUGAAAUUGCUCUGAGUCUAAGAGGCGUCAUGAGGGUUGUCUGGGAGAGAGAGCGAGUUGAAUCAAAUGAAAAGAAAGUGAUUGAUCGAUGGCCAUUUCUCGGCGUCACUCGCUCCCAAGGUGACAUCUGGUCGUACUCUGCCCAAAGUGGAGAAUAUACUGUCUCUCCAGUCCCGUAUGUAUGUGACUUUCCCAUUGACCUCAACGUACAGAGAUUCAUUGUUUUGGCCAGUGAUGGAUUAUGGAACGUCAUGAGCCCAUUGGAGGUAGUGAACUUCAUUAGUGACACUGACAGCAAAGGCAGCUGUGGUAACAGCAGUAAUAGCGAUACUAAUGUCCAGAGAGACGUAGUGAGUGCUCUGAUUAAAGAGGCUCUUGGUCGUUGGAGUCAUAUGAAACUGCAGGCAGAUAACAUUGCUGUCUUAAUAGUCUACCUGUCUAAGGAAGAGGAGGAAGAGGAGACAGGGGCUCCUACAGUGUUUGAUGUUGUAUCUAAUGAGGCAACUCAGGUUGAUAGUAAAUCUGCUAUUUCGUGUUUGGAGGAAGCUGAUUCUCGCCAGUGUGCAGCAAUUCCUUCUAUUCGUUCUCCAAGAGAGUCUUCUCUCUCUCCUUCCCCGUCUCUGAUUGAGGGGAAGAUAAGUGUUAAGUCUCGUUCUGGUGAGAAGAGGUCUUUCGUGAGGCUCUUUCCUAAUAGAAGUUUGGUUGAAUACGAGAGUAUGAUAAAAUACCGUCACAAGAGGAAAAACAAGAUGAAGACUAAGAAAGUGUCGAAGCGCAAGAAACUGUUACCAACAAUCAGUGACCCAUCAAUGAGUGACAUACAUGUAGCACUCCCUUCUCCUAACAGUGACUCUCAUUCCCCUCCAGUGGAGUCUUGUAUUGAUCCCUCUACUACAGGGAUCAUGAAUGAAGAAUAUACAGGACAUCUACACAAGAGAAGCAAGGAUGAUGGUGUUGCUGAUGAUGAAGAUGAAGGAGUUUCCUUGCAGAAGUUUAAAGAGGAAUUGCCUCUGCCAAUCGAUUUCUCCCGACUAAGGUUAGGUGGUGUGAUAGAGUAUCCACUGAUAACUCAUGUGACAGUGGUAGCAGUGGUAUAG